GCUUGAAGAUGCAGUGGACGCCGGAGCAUGCCCAGUGGCCAGAACAGCACUUUGAUAUCACUUCAACCACCCGGUCCCCUGCCCACAAGGUGGAAGCCUACCGGGGGCACCUGCAGCGCACCUACCAGUACGCCUGGGCCAACGACGACAUCUCAGCUCUGACCGCCUCCAAUCUUCUGAAAAAGUAUGCAGAAAAAUACUCUGGUAUUUUGGAAGGCCCAUCCGAGCGGCCCAUUCUCAGCAAUUACUCUGAAGCUCCCUCGGGGCUGGUGAACGGUCGGAAGAAUGAAAGCGAGCCCUGGCAGCCGUCGCUGAACUCGGAGAGCGUGUAUCCCAUGAACUGUGUCCCAGAUGUUAUCACUGCCAGCAAAGCUGGGGUAAGUGCAGCCCUCCCUCCCGCAGAUGUCUCAGCCAGCAUCGGGAGCUCUCCUGGGGUGGCCAGUAACCUGGCUGAACCCAGUUACUCCAGCAGCACCUGCGGAAGUCACACUGUUCCCAGUCUUCAUUCAGGGCUCCCAUCUCAGGAAUACGCUGCAGGAUACAAUGGCUCAUACUUGCAUACCAGUUACAGCAGCCAGCCAGCACCUGCACUUCCAUCCCCUCAUCCAUCCCCCCUGCAUAGCUCGGGACUUUUACAGCCCCCACCGCCGCCGCCACCACCAGCCCUCGUCCCUGGCUACAACGGGACCUCUAACCUCUCCAGUUACAGCUACCCUUCUGCCAGUUACCCUCCUCAAACUGCUGUUGGCCCUGGGUACAGCCCUGGGGGUGCCCCGCCACCCUCGGCGUACCUGCCUUCAGGAAUCCCUGCUCCGACCCCUCUGCCCCCGACCACCGUCCCCAGCUACUCUUACCAGGGCCACGGUCUGACGCCCAUCGCGCCGUCUGCCCUGACAAACAGUUCAGCCAGCUCUCUCAAAAGGAAAGCUUUCUACAUGGCAGGGCAAGGAGAAAUGGACUCCAGUUAUGGAAAUUACAGCUAUGGCCAACAGAGAUCUACACAGAGUCCCAUGUAUCGAAUGCCCGACAACAGCAUUUCAAAUGCAAACAGGGGGAAUGGUUUUGACAGAAGUGCUGAAACAUCAUCCUUAGCAUUUAAGCCAACAAAGCAGCUAAUGUCCUCUGAACAGCAAAGGAAAUUCAGCAGCCAGUCCAAUAGGGCUCUAACACCCCCAUCCUAUAGUACUGCUAAAAACUCACUGGGUUCGAGAUCAAGUGACUCGUUUGGGAAGUAUACCUCCCCAGUAAUGAAUGAGCACGGUGACGAGCACAGGCAGCUCCUCCCUCACCCAAUGCAAGGCCCGGGACUUCGUGCAGCUACCUCAUCCAACCACUCUGUGGACGAGCAACUGAAGAAUACUGACACACACCUCAUUGACCUUGUUACCAACGAGAUUAUCAACCAAGGACCUCCCGUGGACUGGAGCGACAUCGCUGGCCUAGAUCUAGUAAAGGCCGUCAUUAAGGAGGAGGUUUUAUGGCCAGUAUUGAGGUCAGAUGCAUUCAGUGGACUGACUGCUCUACCUCGGAGCAUCCUUUUAUUUGGACCUCGGGGAACAGGCAAAACAUUAAUGGGCAGAUGUAUAGCUAGUCAGCUGGGGGCCACGUUUUUCAAAAUCACUGGCUCUGGCCUUGUCACAAAGUGGUUAGGGGAAGGAGAAAAAAUUGUCCAUGCCUCCUUCCUCGUGGCAAGGUGUCGCCAACCCUCAGUGAUUUUUGUUAGUGACAUUGAUAUGCUCCUUUCCUCUCAAGUGAGUGAAGAACACAGUCCAGUAAGUCGGAUGAGAACCGAGUUCCUUAUGCAGCUGGACACUGUACUGACUUCUGCUGAGGACCAAAUAGUAGUAAUUUGCGCCACGAGUAAACCGGAAGAAAUUGAUGAAUCUCUUCGAAGGUACUUCAUGAAACGACUUUUAAUCCCACUUCCUGACAGCACAGCGAGACACCAGAUAAUAGUACAACUGCUCUCACAGCACAAUUACUGUCUCAAUGACAAGGAGGUUGCACUGCUUGUCCAGCGCACAGAAGGCUUUUCUGGACUAGAUGUGGCUCACUUGUGUCAGGAAGCCGUGGUGGGCCCACUCCACACCAUGCCAGCCACAGACCUUUCAGCCAUUAUGCCCAGCCAGUUGAGGCCAGUUACAUAUCAAGACUUUGAAAAUGCUUUCUGCAAGAUACAGCCUAGCAUAUCUCAAAAAGAGCUUGAUACAUAUGUUGAAUGGAACAAAAUGUUUGGUUGCAGUCAGUGA